UCACACUACCGGAGUCCGUCACUUAAACUGAGAGAAAGGCUUUCUCUAUACACUCCACGGCCAGCUGCAGUUUUUAACACCAAAUGGGCUGAGGAUAACAAAUAUAUACAUAUAAAACAAAUGACACUGGUGUGAACUGUCACGAACCAAUAAAAUCCUAUCUAGAUAUUUUGAUCGAAAUCCGUUGACUCCUUUGCACGCCAUCUAAAAGGCAAUAGUAACUAAUUGAUUUUUAUCAAGUGCAGAUUUUGUCAGUGCCAGUAGCAAACAGCCAAUUAUCCAUCAACAAUAGCAACAAGAUGGUGCAAAAGUUUCAAUCCCCCGUUCGCGUCUACAAAUAUCCCUUCGAGCUGGUAAUGAUGGCUUACGAGCGUCGCUUUCCCACAUGCCCUCAGAUGCCGAUCGUGCUGGACUGUGAAGUCAUUAAGGACGAAACCCUUGAAAACGGUUCGAGACGGAACACAAGCCGACGCUGCAAGUUGGCAGUUGACGCUCCCUACAUCUUUAAGAAGCUUAUUGGUGUGGACUACGUGUUUUUCCAGCAGCACAACUACCUAGACAUGGAACAGCGUACGCUAAGCAUCGAGGCGGUCAAUGAAAGCUUCUCUUCACGCAUUGAGAUUUUUGAGCGGUGCCGUUAUUACGCGCACCCAGACAACUCCGAAUGGACGUGUUUUGACCAGUCGGCAACGCUGGACAUCAAGAACUUUUUCGGAUUUGAACAUUCAAUGGAGAAGAUGGGCAUGAAGCAGUACACCCAGACGACGCUUAAGGGCAAGGAAAUUAUUGAGUUCUUUAUCAAUCAGUUGCGUGAAGAAGGCAUUACGCACGUGGAUCGUUGGACUUCACCGCCUGACGCCCCUAAAUCCCCGUCUCCGGUCGCAGCUCGAGAUCAACACCAUAAUAUACUGCUCGAUGGCGAUUUUAUCGCGCGUAGCCUCGGCCAGUUGUCCCCCAUGCAAGAGUCUAAACUGCUGGAGCUGCGAAAAAUGCUAGAUGGUGUCGAUGGCCUGGGACCCAUUCCCAGUUAUCAGACCAUAAUGCGUUUCCUAGCUGCUAGGGACUGGCACGUAAACCAGGCGUUCGCAAUGCUGUGUGACUCGCUUCGUUGGCGUCGGGAACACCGUAUAGAUGCUUUGCUAACCGAGUACGUCAAACCUGCCGUGGUAGUGGAGCACUUUCCGGGUGGCUGGCACCACCACGACAAGGACGGCCGGCCCCUCUACAUUUUGCGACUCGGACACAUGGAUGUCAAAGGCCUGCUAAAGUCUUUAGGAAUGGAAGGCCUACUAAGAUUGGCUCUCCACAUCUGUGAAGAGGGUAUUCAAAAAAUCAAUGAAGCCUCUGACCGACUGGAGAAGCCUGUGCUGAACUGGUCCUUGCUCGUAGACUUGGAAGGCCUUUCUAUGCGUCAUCUGUGGCGCCCAGGCAUUAAAGCCCUAUUGUUUAUUAUCGAAACUGUAGAACGCAAUUAUCCAGAGACAAUGGGACGUGUCUUAGUGGUGCGGGCACCCAGGGUUUUUCCCAUAGCCUGGACUAUCGUUGGCGCUUUUAUUGAUGAGCACACGCGAUCCAAGUUCUUGUUCUACGGCUCCGACUGUGCAAAUAUGAAGGAUGGUCCAGCACAGUACUUAGAUGAGGACAUAGUGCCCGACUUCCUAGGGGGACCCUGCAAGAACAUGAUUCACGAGGGCGGACUGGUUCCCAAGACACUAUAUAAAAUGAACUCGCUGGAUGAUCAUGAAGUGGCUGUCGAGCUGCCCUCAAAUUCUGAAGCUAUGGCUCCAAGUACUCGUCUUACUGCCCUCCACCACCACGACCAUCACAACAUGUACAAGUGCGUUGAGCUUAAGGCGGGAUUUACGCACGAGUUGCUUAUUCGAAACGAAGAUCCCAAGAGCGUUCUUACGUGGGACUUUGAUGUCACGCGAAACGACCUGCACUUUACGCUUUACCGGGUCACAAUGGAGCUACCGGAUAAGAAUGAUUCUGCGGUUUCGUACUUUGACCUGCAGGACUUCGUUGAAGGUGUGACCUGCUUUCGGGAGGAACCCACCCUCAUUUGCCGGCACAAGGAGAGCGUUCAGGGCUCGCACGUGAUGCACCACAACGAUAACUAUUUAAUGCACUGGUUUAGUCCUUCAGGGUCCCAGUUAAACGUAUUCUACGAAGUGCUCAGCUCGGCUAAUUACAAGGGCUCCAUGACCAGUCUUCAGUCGGCAUUCUCCUCGAACUCCUCUGCGGCUAGUUCGGUUCAGAGUCGAUGAUACCAAUCAAACGGGGAGUUCGGCACGAAGGAUGCCGAACGGUGUUCUCCGCCUUUAGAAGAGACGAUAGAAGUGAUGGAAGAAGAUUUAUUAAAGGCCACGAUAAUGGAGAAAAGCCUCAAUAUUUUCUAAAACUCGGAUGUAUAAAUAUUUUUAAGACCAAAAAUGGUAAUCACUUAUGAUUAUACUUAGAUAUUAGCUACCAAUAUUUUUAUAUUAGGAAAAUCUUGACCGUUAAGUUGUAAUAACUUGAUUAUAUUUAUUCAAAACAAAUGUAUGUACAUAUAAUAGUAAACUAGAAAAUUCAACGGACUUAACUUCGUGACGAAUAAAAUUUAAACAUCCCUAAAUUUUUAUUUAUAACCAUCAAUUAUCUUUACCAUACAUGUUUAAAUAAUUCUUAAGAAUGCAGCCAAUUAACAUGAACUAAGAACAAGAAUAAAUUAAUACAUAGUACCUAAUUAGUUCAAUUUUAGGAAAAUUGCCAAAAAAAAGAAUGGUUUAAUUCUUAAAAUUGAACCUAAACUUAUGUACAAGUAUAAGACAUUUUAGUUCAAACUGGAAAUUAGCUGUUAAAUCACAUGUUUUACAUUAGUAGCUUAUAAUAUUAUUAUCCACGAAUUGGAGCCAAAAACGACGAAGAAGAAUGCGUGUUGACUAAGUGUGUAAGAUGUAUAAAAAAUGAAAUCUCAAAUAAAACCGAUUAGAACACAA